UACUGUGCAGAAGGUCUACGUCUUUGGUCGUAAUUUUUUACUUUUCUGCUCGUUUAACGUACUAUAAUAUUGUUAAUAUGUCUCGCAGAAGUGCCAGGCUUGCCGUGAAAUCGGUGAGGAACGAGCGAAAAGAAAAUAUUGCAACUGAAUUGGAAUCAGGCGAGCCACUUACGGCUACCCCAAGUAAAAAAAGACGUCCAAAUCUUGGCAAGAAAACAAAACAUGCAGCUGUAAAAGUCAACGAAAUUGAAGAACAUUCAAAAAAUCUUGAGGACAAAUUACCAAUAAGACAAGAAGUUGGACAUAAACCAAGUCAUAUCAAAACUGAAGAUCAAAAAUCUCUUAACAAAAUUACCAAAGAAGAGAAAUAUGUUGGUGCUCAUGUAUCUAUUAGUGGAGGCAUACAUUUAUCAGUUGAGCGAGCAUUGGCCAUUGGAGCAAAAUCAUUUGCUAUGUUCCUACGGUCACAGAGACAGUGGAAUGCAAAGCCUUUAAGCCAGAGUGAUGCUGAUCAGUUUCGAACUACAUGUGAAAAACAUGGAUUCUCCCCAGAUGUGAUUUUGCCACAUGGCAUAUACCUUAUGAACUGUGGUUCUCCUGACUCGGAGACCUUGAGUAAAAGUCGUCAAGUGUUGGUUGAGGAAUUACAGAGGUGUGAAAUGCUAGGAUUAACAUUGUAUAAUUUUCAUCCUGGUUCAACUUGUGGUAAAAUAUCAGUUGACAAGUGUUUAACCCUUAUUGCUGAAAGUAUUAACCUGGCACAUCAGCAGACAAAGUAUGUCAUUGCAGUGUUGGAGAAUAUGAGUUGUCAAGGAAACACGGUUGGUGGAAAAUUUGAAGAACUAAGAGGUAUUAUCGAAAAGGUACACGAUAAAUCUCGUGUUGGUGUUUGUCUCGAUACUUGCCAUGCUUUUGCCGCUGGGUAUGAUUUCAGAACAAAAGAUGGCUAUGAACGUAUGAUGAAUGACUUUGAAAACGUCGUAGGUUUACAAUAUUUAAAAGGUGUUCACUUGAAUGACUCUAAAGGGGAGUUGGGCUGCCAUCUUGAUAGGCAUGAAAAUAUCGGGAAGGGAAAAAUUGGAUCGAGAGGGUUCGAGCAUCUGAUGAAUGAUCCGAGGUUAAAUGGAGUGCCUAUGGUGUUAGAAACUCCUUGUCAAAGCGAUGCUGUUUAUGAAACAGAAAUUAAUUUGCUGUAUUCCAUGCAAAGAUGUGCUGCAAGAUGAAACUGUAAAUACUGAAACGCUUUUCAGCGUUGUUUAGACCGUAUUUUGUUGGUUUCUUGUUGGAAUUUUAACCAAAGUGAUCUCGUGAUCGCCUCUGUAGUUUACCACACUGUAUUUUAACGGUUAUUCCUUUAUGUUUU